AUGAGUUCCGGAGCCCUCACCACCUCGGCCUUCUUCACCUGCGACCCGGCAGUCACGGUCACCGCCACCGCAACCACCAAUGUCUACACCACCGUGUACACGACAACGGCUCUCGCCGCCAACCCUUCCACGUCGUGGAUGGCCACUUACACAGUGACCGAAGUCUGCACUGGCCAGCCGUGGGAGUACGUGACCAAGGACAUCCCCCCUUGCUUCGCCCCCACCACCGUCUACUGCGAGCCCUGCGCCCAAAAGACCAUCCCCAUCAUCUGCCCCAUUCCGACGCCUACCGCCGACGUCGUUAUCAACGGCAACGGUGUCACCAUGAACGCCAACCCCGUCAUCACUGCCGCCCCCUACGGCGUGUACGGCUCCUACGGCUCCUACAGCAACGGGAACGGCCAGGGUACCGGCAACGGAGGCGGAGCCAACAACAACAACAACGGAGGCGGCCAGAACGGCGGUGGCUCCAACAACGGUGGCUCCAACAACGGUGGCUCCAACAACGGUGGCUCCAACAACGGUGGCUCCACCCCUGGCGGCGGUGCUGGAGGUAACGGCGGUGGCGCCAAUGGCGCUGCUCCGUCUGGCAGCCAGGGCGCCGGAAGCUACGGUGUCUACGGCAGCUACGGCUCUUACAACAACGCUGCCCCUGGUGGCGGCUCUCCUGCUCAGCCCGGUCAGUCCGGUGCUCCUGGCGCUGGUGGUGCUCCUGGCGCUUCCGGAGCUCCUGGUGCCGGCGGUGCCCCCGGUGCGUCUGGCGCUCCCGGUGCCGGUGGUGCUCCCGGUGGAACUCCCGCUCAGUCUGGUGCUCCUGGUGCCCCUGGCGCAUCUGGUGCUCCCGGGACCGGCGGCUCUUCCGGUGGUGCUGGAGGUGCUGGUGGUGCUCCCGGUGCGUCUGGCGCUGGCGGCUCUGGUGGCGGUGCCUCUGGCUCAACCGCCACGGGUGGUGCUUCCGGCUCCAAGCCGUCCACAGUCCAGGUCGCCUCGGCACCGUCUCUCAAGCAGAGCCUCGGCCUCCUUUGCGGUAUCGCAAUGGCUGCCGGCCUUACCAUCUUUGCUUAA